AUGGAUGAACAUUCAGAUGCUGGAGAUGAAUAUGAUAAUCGAGAUAUUCGAAGAAAUAAUGAGGACAAUGAAGGAGAGGAUAGCUUUUAUGAUCAAUCAGAGAAUGUAGAUGAGGAUUCCACUCUCGAUUUGAAAUGGAUUUUUGGAAUGAAUAAGGACAUUUUGGGAGGCAUGCACAAUUUAUGUGACGAUUACAGAAAGGAGGUAUUUUAUGUUGCAGGAAAUGUUGGAAUAAUUUUCAGAUACGAGUCAAAGGAACAAAUAUUACUUCAAGGUCAUACAAACAUGAUAACAUGCUGUGCAGUCAGUAGGGACAAGAAAUGGAUUGUAACUGCAGAUAGUGGAAAGGAAAAUAUGAUUGUCAUUUGGGAUAGUUAUAAGGGUAUUCCAGUCAAAACAAUUUUUGACCCUCAUCCGGUUGGAAUUGAGUCAGUGGACAUUUCUUGCGACUCUAUGUUAAUUUACAGCGUUAGUAGACCUAAUGAGGAAGGGGAGCAACAGGUUUCAGUUUGGGAAUGGACUGAAGAUUUAGAAGGUGCCAAAGUUUCCUCCUUGGUCCCUAAUAAUGAGCUUCAGACUUCUCUAACUUGCCAUUUUGCCAAUCCAACAAUUUUUUUGACUAGCGGUCCAAAAUCUGUUGUGUUUUGGGAAAAUCAUGAAGACAACAAUUCCUUAGAAUAUUUUUGUCCUAGCACAGCAAAAAGCGACUUUAGGCAGGCAUCAAGUGAAUUUAUUCAAACAACUUUUGUAGAUAAUACAACUAUGGCAGCCUCAGGAACUUCUGAUGGUGAAAUUGUUCUUUGGGAGAGGAAGAUUUUCCCAGACAGAGAAGCAAAGGAAAUUGAAAAGGAAGCAAUGAAAGUGGUCAAAAUUCAUACAGGGUACAGUGUUAACUACAUUACAUGUUCUGGACCUUUCAUUGUAAGUGGAGGCAGUGAUGGAUUUGUUAAAUUUUUAGAUCACAAACUGCGAUUAGAGGCAUGGUUUGAGGACUUUAAUCUUGGAUCUAUCAUUUCCAUUUCGUUUGAUAAAGCAACAAAGGAAAAGAGCACUAUUGAAUCAACGGAUGGUCCUAUCAAGAGGGAUUUCUACAGUCCAGACUUUAUGAUUCAAACCAAGUCUGGUUUUAUUGCAAAGGCUAAAUCAUCUUCCUUUCACGAUUAUGAUGUUGAUGGUAUGAAGGGUCGAAUUAUUGUUACUAGUCAAAAUGAAUCAAUUCAAACAUUAGCUGUGCAUCCAACAAAACCAUACAUUGCAAUAUCUGGCCUUUCAGGCUAUGUACACAUUUGGGAUUAUCAACUGAAGGAGGUUCUUAAAGUUCUGGUUCUAAAAGGAUUAUAUAUUUCAAGUUUGGCAUUUGACAAUAGAGGUGAAUAUUUGGCUGUUGGAUGUUCGAAUGGUUAUGUAAAAUUUUUCGAUGCAGUACUUUUUACUGAAAUAGUUCAUUUUGGUUAUAGACCAUCCAAAGCAUGUAUCCAAUCCCUAAAAUUUUCUCACGAUUCCUUGUUUUUAGCAUUUUAUGAUACUGAUUACUGUGUUGGUAUUUUCAAGUUCAUGCCAAAUCCACAAAAGAAAGGUAUGGGAAAGGAUGAAUGGAUGUAUUUGGGUAGAUAUAAAUCUCAUAAGAGAGCAAUUACAGGAUUGGAGUUUGGAAUUGAACCAUAUGGUGACAUUCCUAGAUUAAUGUCGGUGUCAGAAGACAGAAGACUGAUUGAGUACGAUUUAGAAAGCAGCUCAAUUCAAGGAGGCAUUAAAGUCAAAACAAUCCACAGAAUCAGUCAAGAUGCAGUUCCAACAGCAUUUUUAUGGUCAAGAGAUGAAAACGUAAUUGAAACUUAUCCAAAUGAGAAGAAGUAUUUCGAUGGUAUUCUAUUUGCCAAUGACCAAUACAAGAUAACUUCCUUCAUAACACCUUAUGGCCACAGAGACACCAGGUGUAAUAGAACAAUUCUCAGCCCAACAUAUGGAGGACCUCUCAAUAGACUAAUGAUAGUUCCAAAUUAUGUUAAGGAAUCCUCUUCCUUGUUGCCAGAACUUCGACCACCAAAAUACAUGUGCUACUCUACACAUGAAAAAGUAAUUGGAUUAAUUGCAUUACCUUUAGAUGGCAAUCCAAAGCAUCAUAUGGGGUUGGUUGCUCAUGCUGGAGAAAUCACAGCCUCAGUUGUGUCUCCAGAUGGUAAAUACUUGUUCACUGCUGGAGGAUCGGAUUGUAUGGUCAACCAAUGGAAGAUUAUUGGUACGCCACUCGAUAGAAACAGGCAAGUUGAUGAGGGUAUUGCACCAUAUGUGAGUUUGAUUGAAGGAGGAGAAGAAGGUGAAUUUUUCCAAGAGGUUCAACAAUAUUUCUACUAUGCCCAGAUUAGAAGUCAAGGCGAGAUUACUACCAGUGAAAGAAAAAUCACAGGCAGUGUACCAAUUAAUCAAAUGCCAGAUCUAGUUCGUUCUUUAGGAUUUUAUGCAACCCAAUGGGAAAUUCAAAAUAUGAUUUAUGAAUUGAGAGUCAUUAAGGGUGUUGGGGACCCAGCUGAGAACAGUUCUUCCAACCUUGAGAAAAAAUCAAAGAAGGAACCCGAAAUUUUCAUCGAUUUCAAUGCAUUUGUGAAAAUUUAUGUAAAUCACAGACCAGUAUUUGGAAUUCAGAGAAAGGAUAUUGAGGAAGCAUUUAUCAAGCUAGGCAGUGAACCAAUCACUGGUUUCAUCAACAAAACUGAUUUGUUCCAAAAACUUAAAACGAUGGGCGAAAGAAUGAGUGAAAAUGAACUCAAUGAUUGCCUCUGUAAAUUACUCAAAGACACUGUGACGGUUGCUUCUUUGGAAGAGCGAUUUACCUCAGUUGAGUUUGCAGAAAAAUUACUAGGAUUUUCAGAUGAAACAGCAGAAGAAGUGCAUUAG